AUGUGCAGAGAAUUGUCUGAUAACUACUUUAUCUCUCUGCAAAACCCUCAACUCCUCAAUACUUUUAAAUCUCUUCUUAUUGUACAUUGUCUAAUUGAGCACAAUGCAUUGUUAGGAGACCUUUUAAAGGCUUGUUUCCAUUUGGAUGCUUCAGAUUUAGCUCUCAAUCUUCAAUACUAUCGAAAAACCAAGUCUUUUCUUUCAAAACUUUGUUAUUGGAGGUCAUAUUAUUUUGGGAUUUUAGAAAAGAUUCAUUGUGUUGUUUUGAGAAAUGGGUAUGAACAAAAUGUCAUUCUAUGGAUUUCUUUGUCGAUGUUUAUGCAAAGAAUGUAUGCCCUCGUUCAAGUUGUUUGGAUUUCGGAGGAUCUCUCCAUGGAUUUUACGAAUGAUUUUCUGGUACUUGCUUUAAUUUCACUAUAUGCUGAUGCAUGUAAUGUGCAUUUAUUGGAUGCUACUAAGUUGUUUGAAGCUGUACUUGACAAGAAUGCUGCUGCUUUGAAUGCUAUGAUACUAGCUUACAUGCAUAACCAGAUUGUCUGCUUUAGUGAAUCCUUUCAUGCUUGUGCUCUAAAACAAGGAUCAGAAAACCAUACUUCGAUGUUAACAGACCUUGUUUCCGUGUAUAACGAACUAAGGGAGGCAUCACAACUUAGAAAACUUAGAGAAUGGAGUUUUGGUCCUUUCCGAUUACAAGAUAUGUCCGUUUAUGCUUUUGCUAUCAGAACAGGAUUUAUACAAGAAACUCUUCUUACUUCUUUGAUGUUCAUGUCUUGUGCUCAGUUAAAAAACCUAAAUCUUGCUAUUUGUGCAAUGAUCUAUAUGGUACACACAGGAUUUGACAAAGAUAUAGCAAUCAGCAAUGCCCUUACAGAUUUAUAUGCAAGAUUUGGAAAAAUUAUCUAG